AUGCCAGAGAUGUUGUUUGAAUCGCAACAUAAACAAUCUGUAACAAAUCCAAAGCAAAUCAAACCAGAAAAGAAACAAGAACUCCACGAAGCUGCAAUUGAUUGUAUUAUUACUGAUGGUCGUCCGUUCGGCGAUUUCCGUCGGUUGGGAAUGUCAAAAUUUCUUAAUGUUAUUUGUCCUGGAUAUCGUGGUCCUGGUCGAAAAACUGUACGUCGUCGUCUAGGUACUUUGUAUCACGAAUAUCGUCAGCAACUUGGAGAAGUACUUGCUUCAAUUCCUGCUAUUGCAAUCACGGUCGAUAUUUGGACCAAAAAGAAGAAAUCUUUUAUUUGCUUAACUGGUCAUGUAUUCAAUAAAAAAUUUGAAUCGAUUCCGGUGGUAUUAGGAUUUCGUCGAUUUACUGGUUCUCACGAAUCAGAAAAUAUUAAAAAGUACAUUCUUUAUGAAUUAAAACGUUUAAAUAUUCAAGACAAAGUUUGUGGUAUAGUUGGUGAUAAUGGUAGUGAUAUUAAGAAGGCAAUUAAUGAAAUCAAGCCAGGUGAACGGUUCUCUUGCACCGCUCAUAACAUCAAUCUGGUGAUCAAAAAUGGUUUAGAAUUAUGGGAGAAAAAAAAGAAAAGGUAAAAUUCUUUCUUUUAAAAUAUAGUUCAGAGCACUUCACAUACAACAUAUGUGGACAAACAUAGAUAUAAUCAUCUUCUCAUAACAGUGAAAUGCAGCUCGUGACUUUUGAUUAGUUUAGGAUAAGGUAUAUUGCUUAAUCAAGAGUGAGUAUCUUUGGAAUAGACUGAUAUAGCUUUUUGAGUCAGUUCAGUUCUCACGUGAUAAAUAUUCCUGUCUCUUAAAUAAUUGAGAUGUAAUUUUCAGGAGACUUUGAUUCAUAAAAGAUGAUUGAAUUACAGCGUCUCGUUGAGCAUGACGUAUAGUAUUCGUUAGUCUUAUUCUAUACAGCAAUGAAGAAAACAAAUCCUCUAACGUUGAAAAGAUUUACUCUUCAUUGCUGAUUUUGGCAUUAUUGUCUGUAUCAUCGCUCUCAACUGAGACAGAACCGUUGAUAAUGGUCGUCGGGUGAUGUAGUUCAAUAGCAGUAGGAGUUUUUGACUCACUGGUAGCCGUUAGAUCGAUGACUGAUCUUUCUAGUUAACUUUUCUUUUUUUUAUAAAAACAUAUUCGAUUAUCUACUAAAUAUUUCAUGAUUCUCGCCAAGUAUACGAUAGGAGCUUUUUAUAUGCAGCUGACUGUAUUAUCUGGAACUAUCUAGAGAUUAGAUUAUUAUUAGUUAAUCGUCCAAUUCCGCUCAAUCCGAUCUAAUCUAACCGGCACUAGUUCUAUUUACAUCUGUGAUAUAAAUAUGAAAAACAGAAAAUUAAUUCCUAGGAGAUUCGAAGCAGAAGGCAAAUCUCAGACCAGAUUAUAUAUAUAUAACAGUCUAUGGUUUUUAAGUGUAAUCCUGCGUAUACCGUAGAAUAAUUCAUUUUUUAUAUGAAUUUGUUGUGCAAUGAACAAACUACCUUGAAGAUGGCUCACGGGUAUCUAUUUCAUGAUUAGUGCAUUCACUAUUUAAUGGACCAAAAUCAAAGCGAGAGCAAUCAUGGAAGUAGAGAAACCUAAAUAGUGCUGUUCUUGUCUUGUCAUCCAUUGUACCACCAGAGUUGAUACAAAUCAUUAGGACGACUACAUCACAGUUAUACAUGUAGUGUUGUUUGAAGACAGAACAAAAAUAAAUUUCUAGAAAUUGAACCGAAAUUACAUUCAAUUUGAAGGUAAUAAAACCGUAAUAACAGAUAAACAGCUAGUCAUACAAGGAUCAUCAACAAAAUAAAUAUUCAUUUCAAAAUCUUUAGGAUAAAAUAUAUAAGGAUAUUGGGAUCAAGAAUAUAUCGACCGUAGAAAGACUAUGACUUUCGUUGUUUGAUGAGUGAGCUAUCGAGAUCGAAUCGAAAUUAAUAUGCAUUGAUUCUACACAUAAGAAGUGAGCGCCAAUACAAUUUAUGAGAUUAUUACUGAAUC